AUGGAAGCAAAGACCCUUGGAAGUGCAACGUCCCGAAAACCUGUCUUAUCGGUUAGUGCGAGAAAAAUUAAGGACAAUGCAGCCGAUUGGCAUAAUUUAAUCCUGAAGUGGGAGACCCUUAAUGAUGCAGGCUUUGCUACUGCAAAUAACAUUGCCAACACGAAACUCAGUUUACUGAGUCAAGACAGGAUCGAGUCAGAGCGCCGCAGCCAGUCUUGCGAUGAGAAUGCCGAGCAGAGGCCGCGGGAAUACAGCGCGGAACUGGAGGCGCUGUGCGAGGAGUUGCGGGCCACGUUAGACGGCUUGACCAAAAUACAGGUGAAAAUGGAAAAGCUGUCUUCUACCACCAAGGGAGUCUGGGAGCUGGAAAAGUACCAUCACGGGCCAGACGGCAGCCCGCCGCCCAUGUUCCACACGUGGCCCACUGCCCACUUCUACGAGGUGUCCCGCCGCCUCUCGGACAUGUACGGGGCGGAGCUGCUGCUGAAGCGCACCAUCGUGGAGGAGCUGGCGCACACCGCGGACCGCGACCUCUCCCUCACCUUCCUGUCGCUGUGGCUGCACCAGCCCUACGUGCAGAGCGACAGCAGGCUGCUGCUGGAGAGCAUGCUGCUCGAGACAGGGCACUGGGCGCUGUGA